CUUCAUUUCCUCAAGGCACAACUUAUUUGAACUUCCUAACAUGGAACCAAGGAGGAUGACAACCACCUUCUUAAUUCUUCUAUCAUUCUCAUCCUGCCUCCUUGCAUUGCCCAACAUAGAAGGAUAUGAUGAAAUGAACCGUCUUCGAGAGCUGAUGAAAUCCCAAAGGUCAUCAAGCACUCUACACCAUGGCUUACAGACUCAUCCAGCUUCAAAGAAGACCUACUCGCCGGUCUAUGUCGGUCCACAGAAUGGGCAGAUGGAAGCCGAUAAGAUCGACGAAUUGCCAGGACAACCAGAAGGAGUGAAUUUUGAUCAAUAUGCAGGCUAUGUAACAGUGGACCCAGAAGCAGGCAGAGCGCUCUUCUACUACUUUGUGGAGUCCCCACAGGACCCUUCUACCAAGCCUUUAGUCCUAUGGCUCAAUGGAGGACCUGGUUGCUCUUCACUUGGAGCCGGAGCAAUGGUGGAACUGGGACCAUUUGGAGUCAACAGUGAUGGGAGGACUCUUUAUGCCAAUAUCCAUGCUUGGAACAUCGUGGCGAAUGUGAUCUUCUUGGAAUCGCCUGCUGGGGUCGGGUUUUCAUAUUCGAACACAACGACUGACUACGAACUGAGUGGAGAUAAGAGGACUGCUGAAGAUUCCUACACUUUUCUUGUCAAUUGGCUUGAAAGGUUCCCUCAGUACAAGACUCGUGAUUUCUACAUGACUGGAGAGAGCUAUGCUGGGCAUUACAUACCAGAGCUUGCCAGUCUUAUCCUCGCAAAUAAUAAGAUCAUGAAUCGAACAGCCAUCAACCUAAAAGGAGUUGCAAUUGGAAAUGCGUAUAUUGAUGAUGAUACCAACACAAGGGCGACCUAUGACUACUAUUGGACUCAUGCCUUAAUCUCCGAUGAAGCGUACAAGGAAAUCCGAUCAAAAUGCACCUUCAGUGGUCAAAGUUAUACUCCAGGCUGUGUGAGUGCUCUUACGGCAGCUGAUGCAGAAGUUGGAAAUAUUGAUUACUAUGAUAUCUAUGCCCCUCUUUGUAAGGACCCCUCCAAGACAACUCACUUGACCAAACUGGAAGUCGAUCCAUGUGCCGGUUCGUAUACUUGGUCGUAUUUGAAUCUGCCAGAGGUGCAGAAAGCCCUUCAUGCUAACGUAACAGGGUUAUGGUACCCUUGGAGUCGUUGCAGUCGUUUUGUUGGAUUUAGAGGAAAUUGGACUGAUGCACCUGAUACUCUUUUGCCUACAAUUAAAGAGCUUAUCUCAAGUGGCAUUAGUGUGUGGUUGUAUAGUGGGGAUCAAGAUUCAGUGGUUCCAGUGACAUCCACUAGAUAUUCUAUAGACAUGCUUGGACUCGGCAUUGAAUCAUCAUGGCGCCCAUGGUACAUCGAUGGUGAGGUUGGAGGGUACGUCGUCGGCUAUAAAGGGUUGACAUUUGCAACAGUAAGGGGAGCCGGUCACAUGGUACCAAGCUACCAACCUGAAAGAUCACUGACCAUGAUUUCAUCAUUCCUUGAAGGAAAACUUCCCCCACUUGUAUGAGCACAACCCUCCCCAUCCUUGCCUAAUGAUCUUAUUUCAUUUCAAUGAUAGGUAAUGGCAUUCUUAGUAUCAGCACAGAAAUUGAACAAGCAUUAUGUAUUCAUGGCUUCAUGCAAAUGAUCGGUCGAUUGAUUGAUUACCUUUAUCGGUUGUGGAAUAUGAUACACCGAUGAUGAUUGUAUUCUCAUGUUAAAUGUUUUCUUCUUUCCCAGUACUAAAUAUAUGUGGGGGUGGAAAUCUGGUGCAUUGAGAACUUGCAU